GUUCAGUAUUCAGUAUCGAUUGAACAGCCGCGCGUAGCUCAUCGAAAUCAAGGAAGGAAGAGACGCGACGAGAGAGCGAGCGAGACGGACAGGCGACCAGACAGAGACAGCGACAGCAGGGAAAGGGAGACCAAGACGGAGACGGAGAAGGAGACAUUGAGCGCCUGCCGCCCCCUCUUUUGUAAUAAAUAGCGCUGUGCGAGGCGACCACACUACCAAACGGCAAAAGUCCGCUGAGAGCGACGCAACGCAGGCCACAAAGGCCCGCCCCCCUCCCCCCCGGCGAUAGACACACCAGACCAGGAGCAACUAUUGCAACAACAAUAUCACACACACACACACACACACACUCGCAGAAACAGUCAACAGUCAACACCCCCCUGAACGAAAGGGAGAACAGUGAAACAGCUGGAACAAGAAACCAGAAAAACAAACCAGGCUGACACAACAAAUGUCAAAAUUAGCGACUGACCAAAGGGAAUCAUAAUCAAAAGUUAAUAACAAAAAAACCAACAAACCACAACGCGUUUCUCCCCCAAGUGCCUUAAAAAAUAAAAACAAACACACACAAAAAAAAAAAAACAUAACAAACAAACAGCGAUACCGAUUCAAAUGAAUUUAAAUAACAAAUUUCAAUGUGAUAAAGCAGAAAUAAUCGUAAAAACUUAACAAACAAGAGUUCGCGUCUGCUUUUUUUUUUGUUUAAUUUUUUCGUAAGUGUGUUGUCUAAAAAUCAAAGAAAUGGAAAAAUAUAAUUAGAACAUCGGAAACAACAACAAACCCCACAGAGACGGCGGGCAUAAAUUAAGAAAAUCGAAAAACACAAAGCCACAACGUAAAAAAGUAUCCAUAAAUCUAUAUGUGUGGCUACACCUCAUAUAUAGAGACCUAAAAUAAGACCAAAACAAAAACAAAGCAAAUCCAGGAAAAGCAGACAACCGAGGAGAACUCAACACAGCUCAGCACAGCACAGCACAGCACAGCACAACAAAGCAGAAAUGGCAAGCAAACAGCCCAGAAAAGUGGCGCCCGACGGCGGAUGGGGAUGGGUCGCUUGUUUUGGCGUUAGUUUGGUCAACCUGGCCACCCGAUCCAUCGAGCCGUCGUUUGGACUGCUCUUCGGCGACACUCUGAAGGAGCUGAAUGUGGGCACGACGGGAGCAGCGGUUAUCAUCAGUGCGCUGGACGUAUGCAUGAACUUCUCUGGACUAUUUGUGGGGCCGCUGCUGAAGGAGUUCUCCUACCGCAAGGUGGCCAUCGCCGGAUCUCUGCUGUGCGGCCUGGGCCUGGCGCUCACAUCGCCGGCGACGAGCAUGGCCCACAUCCUCAGCACGUACUCGGUGAUCAAUGGCAUCGGCGUGGGCCUCUCCACGUCGGCGGCCUUUGUGGCACUCAAUCACUACUUCAAGCACAAGCGUGGACAGGCGGUGGGUCUAUCGAUGGCCGGUACCGCCAUGGGCAUGCUGAUAAUGCCGCAGCUGGUGCGGAUCCUGCUGGAAGCGUACGACUUCCGGGGGGCGGUGCUGCUGCUGGCGGGCGUGGCCCUCAAUGCCACGGUCGGAUCGGUGCUGCUGCAGCCGGUGAAGUGGCACAUGAAGGAGGAGUUCGACGACGAGGAGCUGAUGUGCAUCUCGGCCCUGCCCACCCCGCAGCCCCAGCUGACGGUGGGCGGAGCAGGUGGCGCGGCAUCAGCUGGAGCGCCCGUGUUUAAGGUGAUCAAGGAGGAUGGCAACGAGGAGGACGCACUGCCCGAGAUGAACACGCUGUUGUUCCACAAACCCCAUCCCCACCAGCACUCGAUGCGCAAGAAUUACUCCGAAAUGGCCAUGAACACGAUGAAUGGUUCGCGGCUGGGUAUUCCGAAGAGGCCAACCUUCCCACGAAUCAUGUCCCUGGCCGGUGUCCAGUCCGCCGCCCAUGGAGCGGGCGGAGAUUCGGGCGGCUAUACAUCACAGGCGGAGGUCAACGCCACGCAGCUGCGCUGCCGCAAGGCCUCGGUCACCUCGAACCUCUCCUACAUGGACUUCACCGGCUCCAUUCUCCAGGUGCACCUCAACACCGGCGACGAUGAGUUCGAGCAGAACGAUCGCGAACUGCGACGUGUUGGCACCGCCACGGGCAGCAUUGUCCUCGGCGGUCAUCGCGAUAGCUUCAUCAAGAUGAAGCCCACCGAGCUGGACAAACAGGCCGAGGCAGCCGCCGCCCUCGAUGAGGAGGCCAAAAAGAAGGCCAAGAAGCCGGGCUUCUGGCGCCGCUUUGCCGAUCUCCUGGACAUCGAUAUGCUCAAGGACAAGAUGUUCCUCAAUCUCCUGUUCGGCCUCUCCAUCUUCUACGUGGCCGAGAUGAACUUCAAGAUGGUCACGCCAUUCUUCUUCGCCAAUCUGGGUUACCAGAAGACGGACGUCGCCUUUUGCCUCUCGAUUACGGCCAUUACGGAUAUCGCCGCUCGUAUUGUCCUGCCACCGAUAUUCGAUCGCACCACAAUCAGAAAGCGCACCAUUUUCCUCGUGUCCAUCAUCUUUGUUGCCCUGACCCGUUCAAUUAUGGCCGAGCAAACGGAGUGGACCCAGUUGAUGAUAUGGCUUUCGAUCUGCGGCUUCUUCCGAGGAUCCGCUCUGAGCAACUUCACCCUAACCGUAUCCGAAUACUGCUCCCUGGAGAAGCUGCCCUCGGCUUUCGGCUGGCAUCUGGUGGGCAAAGCCCUAUUUGUGAUCACAUUUGGACCGCUCAUUGGUCUCAUCCGGGAUGUGACCGAUAGCUAUCCGAUUUGCAUACACACCCAGAGCGUUUGCAUAAUGAUUUGCGCCAUUGCCUGGGGCAUCGAGUAUCUGGUGGAGUACAUCCAGUCGCGACGUCGCACCGCCGAUGCCGCCCAGUUGCCAACCCAAGAUGGAGGAGCCACAACGACAGCGACAGCGGACCAGAACGACGUGAAGCUGUAAUGGAAGCGGGCAGAAGCAAUGGACACCAGAUGGACCAGAGAGAGAGAGAUCUACUUUAAGGAAGACAGUCUCGCGGCGGGGCGGAGGGUUUCCUCCAGCGAGUACCCAACUAAAAAUAUACUUAAGAGGUUCCUGCACAAAAGAAGGAUAAGACUACGUUUGAUCCUCGAGUGUGGAGGCCGAAAUCCCCCAAAAUGUAUUAAAACUCAACAUAGUUAAGUCAUUUUUUUCGUUUGCGCUCUUUUUUUUUUUUGCAAUAUGUUUAAGAUCUUGGAGAGACAUAAUCACACACACUCCAUACCACACAUGUAACCAUAAUUAUACAUAUAUGCAUAAGCAGGAUUUGUCAGUUUUAGUUGUAUAAACACAUCUCUUAACUGUAACCAAACCCAAUGGGGGCACACGAGAAAGCCCCACAAAAACCACAAGAAAGUGCGUUUACAUUUUAAUGUUAGAAUCAAAGAAACCCAAAUUUGAUUCAGUUAAGUUCCCAACUUUUUCUAAUGAUUUGAGCCGUUCCCUUCGUUUUAUGUUUCGCCUUGAAUUGUUCUCCCAUUUGCUUCUUAGUGAACUUGUAUGUGAUAGUUCAAAGAUAGUUCUUAAUUUAGAAGUUAAACCACUACUUAUAGAAAUACUGAUAUCUGUAUCUGCAUCUGAAAAUUCAUCGAUGCGAGAACAAAACGAGAAAGGAAUGUUGAAAAUUGAUCGGCUUUAAAAUGUACCUUAGGAGCGAAGUUAAGCAACGACAAAACAAUUAAACUAUACAAAUAUAAAUAAAACACUAUAUAUCAUUUAUGCUACAUUUAAUACAACAACUACUUUGGCAUAAAACUAAGUGCGUUAAAUGAACUGACGAAAUAUACAAGAACAAACCGCCAGAGGCGCAAUUCCUCAACUUUUAAAGGCGGUGAAACUCUGUUUCUAUUCAACGAAAUGCCACAAUAUAUGUAUAUUUACAAUUGAAGAAGAAUUUUUGAUGAGCACUGAACAAAGUGGAAUUCGAAAUGUAUGCUUGGUUCAAAAACGAGAAAACUGUAAGAUCUAUAACAUUUUACCAAAAUGCAACUAAACCCAACCGAUAAGCAAUAAAUGCAAACUAAUCCACACGAAUUGUGGAAAACGACCAAGUAAAUUCUAUGUAGCAAACUUUUGGGCUCGGUGCGAAAUGCUACACUGAAAACGAAACUAGCCGAUGCCCAGAUAACGACAUUCGGAUAUCCAUACUAUAUACACAAACUAUUACAUUAAGUAUAUUUUGGGUACUUAAAUAUAUCAUGAAGUAUAUAUAUAUUUUUUGCCGAAUUAGUAACGUAGUAAGGAGCGUUUUUGAUACAAGCGUUUGAAGCGAACUUUUGGAAAUGUAUUGCCCGAUAUUGUAGCCUUACUAAAUAAUAUAUUGUAUCAGUAUAUGAAUAUGUGCAUAUUUAAUUGGUGAAAUAAAGUGAUGAAUAAAGUA